AAAAGGAAAGGGGAGUCAUUCUACUUUUCAAAAAGAGAAACUGUGUUUGGGGAGGAAUCAGAUCUCCAUAUUUCUUCUUUCAGCUUCAUCCAGGGUCGUGGUUGGAACUUUCCAUCAAUUCUUUCUUCUUUUUCUCCCCCCUCCUUUGCCUGCUGCUCUCUCUGCCUGUCACGGUGAAUCAGCUGCAGGCCUCCAGAGCGUGGCUGUUACAUUGUGAAAUGUGUCAUCAGGGUGUCAGGUACUUCUUACUGGCUUCCCAAAACCUUUGAGCAAGAAAUAUCUCCCAGACUGUCCCUUUCAGGCUGCCUCUGGACACUGCCUUGAGCUGAAGCAGGAGUCGGAGGGCAGCUGCACAGGAGCCCAGGAAAAGAUGCCCCGGGGCUGCGGGCCGAGCCGGGUGAGCGCGCCUGGGCUCAGACACCUUGCUGUGCUCCGCCGAAGUCAAGUUAUUUUCUGUUGAAAGUUCAAGCUCAUCAAGAUCAUGCUGCUCGUCCUUGCCAUUCUGCUGCCAGUAGUUUUUAAAUUUGGUUUUGUUAGUCUCUCAGCACUCCAGCGCCAGAACUGUCCUGAAGGCUCCCUCCUGGGAAAUGGGAAUGCCACCUGUGUGGGUCCUGCACCGUUCUUAAUUUUCUCUCAUCAAAAUAGUAUCUUUAGGAUUGACCUGGAAGGAACCAAUCAUGAGAAAUUGGUGACAGAUGCUGGCGUAUCAGUGAUCAUGGAUUUUCACUACAGUAAAGAAAGAAUCUAUUGGGUAGAUCUAGAAAGACAACUCUUGCAGAGAGUUUUUCUGAACGGGACAAGGCAAGAGAGAGUAUGCAAUAUAGAGAAAAAUGUUUCAGGAAUGGCAAUAAAUUGGAUAAAUGAAGAACUUAUUUGGUCAAAUCAACAGGAAGGAAUCAUUACAGUAACAGAUAUGAAAGGAAACAAUUCCCGUGUUCUCUUAAGCACCUUAAAAUAUCCUGCAAAUGUAGCAGUUGAUCCAGUAGAAAGGCUUAUAUUUUGGUCUUCAGAGGUGGCCGGCAGCCUUCACAGAGCGGAUCUCAGCGGUGUGGGAGUAAAGAGUCUGUUGGAGAUGUCAGAGAACAUAACCGCCGUGUCGCUGGAUGUGCUUGCUAAACGGCUCUUCUGGGUUCAGUACGACAGAGAAGGAAGCAAUUCUCGUAUUUGUUCCUGUGAUUAUGAUGGAGGUUCUGUCCAUUUCAGCAAACAUCUUACACAGCACAAUUUGUUUGCAAUGUCCCUUUUCGGCGACCGUAUCUUCUACUCAACAUGGAGAAAGAAGACCAUUUGGAUAGCUAAUAAACACACAGGGAGGGAUAUGGUUAGAAUUAACCUCAACUCAUCCUCUGCACCACCCGGCGGAAUUAAAGUGGUGCACCCACUCGCACAGCCCGAGGCAGAGCACGGCGCUCGGGAGUCUGAUCAGAAACUCUGCGAACUGAGGAAAAGUAACUGCAGAGGCAGCGUGUGUGGGCAAGAGCCCAAGUCCCAUGUGUGCACGUGUGCGGAGGGAUACGCUUUAAGCCAGGACGGGAAGUACUGUGAAGAUAUCAAUGAAUGUGCCUUCUGGAAUCAUGGCUGUACUCUUGGGUGUGAAAACAUCCCCGGCUCUUAUUACUGCACAUGCCCUGUAGGAUUUGUUCUGCUUCCUGAUGGGAAACGGUGUCACCAAUUAAUUUCCUGUCCAAGCAAUGCAUCUGAAUGCAGCCAUGACUGUGUUCUGACUUCAGAUGGUCCCUUAUGUUUCUGUCCUGAAGGCUCAGUGCUUGAAACAGAUGAAAAAACAUGUAGUGGCUGCUCAUCACCUGAUAAUGGUGGAUGCAGCCAACUCUGCCUCGCUCUCAGCCCAGUGUCCUGGGAAUGUGCCUGCCUUCCUGGGUAUGACCUUCAGCUGGACAAAAAAAGCUGUGUAGCUUCAGGACCACAGCCGUUUUUGCUGUUUGCCAAUUCUCAAGAUAUUCGACACAUGCGUUUCGAUGGAACAGAUUACGGCAUCCUGCUCAGCCAGCAAAUGGGAACGGUGUUCGCCCUAGACCACGACCCUGUGGAAAACAAGGUCUACUUUGCCCAUACAGCCCUGAAGUGGAUAGAGAGAGCCAACAUGGAUGGUUCCCAGAGAGAAAGGCUUAUUGGGGGAGCAGUCGAUGCUCCAGAAGGUCUUGCCGUAGACUGGAUUGGCCGUAAACUCUACUGGACAGACAGAGGGAAACCUGUCAUUGAAAGCAGUGAUUUAAGUGGAAAACAUCGUGAAACAAUCAUUAAGGAGGACAUCUCUCAGCCACGAGGAAUUGCUGUUCAUCCAAUGGCCAAGAAAUUAUUCUGGACUGAUAUGGGGAUUAAUCCACGAAUUGAAAGUUCUUCCCUUCAAGGCAGUGGCCGGCUGGUUAUCGCCAGCUCUGAGCUGGUCUGGCCCAGUGGAAUAACGAUCGAUUUCUUGACUGACAAGUUGUAUUGGUGCGAUGCCAAGCAGUCUGUGAUUGAAAUGGCCAAUCUGGAUGGUUCAAAACGCCAAAGACUUGCCCAGAACGAUGUAGGGCACCCGUUUGCUGUGGCCGUGUUUGAGGAUCAUGUGUGGUUCUCCGACUGGACUGAGCCAUCGGUAAUAAGGGUGAACAAGAGGACUGGCGAAAACAGGGUACGUCUCCGAGGCAGCAUGCUGAAGCCCUCAUCACUGGUUGUAGUUCAUCCAUUGGCCAAACCAGGAGCAGAUCCCUGCUUAUAUCAAAAUGGAGGCUGUGAACAUAUUUGCAAAGGGAAGCUGGGGACUGCCCUGUGUUCCUGUCGUGAAGGUUUUGUGAAAGCCCCAGAUGGGAAAACGUGUCUGGCUCUACGUGCUCAUCAGAUGUCAGCAGGUAGUGAAGCGGAUCUAAGUAAUCAAGUAAUGUCAUCGGACAUCUUAUCCAGUAGUCAAGGGUUUGAAGAUAAUAUUACAGAAUCUCAACAUACGCUGGUGGCUGAAAUCAUGGUGUCAGAUGAAGAUGACUGCAGUCCUGCGGGAUGUGGUCCACACUCUCAGUGCGUUUCAGAGGGAGAAGUUGCCAUGUGUCAGUGUUUGAGAGGAUUUUCUGGGGAUGGAAAAGUAUGUUCUGAUAUAGAUGAAUGUGAGCUGGGUACCACAGUUUGCCCGCACCCCUCCUCCGAGUGCAUCAAUACUGAAGGUGGCCACGUUUGCCGGUGCUCAGAAGGCUACCAAGGAAACGGGACUCACUGUCUUGAUAUCGACGAGUGCCAACUGGGUGUGCACACCUGUGGGGAAAAUUCCACCUGUACAAACACGGAGGGAAACUACACCUGCGUGUGUGCCAGCAGCCUGCCUGAGCCCGGAUGGAUUUGCUCCGACUCGACUCCACCCCCUCCUCUCAGGGAGGAUGACCGCUCUUCCGUGAGAGACCGUCACGCAGAAUGUCCGCCGUCCCACGCGGGGUACUGCCUCCACGGCGGUGUGUGCAUGUACAUUGAAGCUGUGGACCACUUCGCCUGCAACUGCGUUGUGGGCUUCGUCGGGGAGCGGUGUCAGCACAGAGACUUGAAGUGGUGGGAGCUGCGCCACGCGGGCCACGGGCGGCAGCGGAACAUCACGGUGGCGGCCGUGUGCGUGGUGCUGCUCGUCCUGCUGCUGCUGCUGGGACUGUGGGGCGCGCACUACUACAGGACUCAGAAGCUGCUAACGAAAAACCCAAAAAACCCUUAUGAAGAGUCGAACGGAGAAGUGAGCGUUAGCAGACCUGCAGACAGAGAGGCUGGGAUGUCCUCUGGCCCCCAACCUUGGUUUGUGGUUAUAAAGGAACAGCAGAAUCUCAGGAAUGAGGAUCCACCCGUGGCCCCUCCAGACGGCCAGGCAGCAGAUGCUGGCCGGUUCUCCUCCCUGGAGCCUGGGUCAGUGCAACCAGCACCGUGGAGGAAGGAGCCCCAGAUGUGUGCGGACCCAGAGCAUGGCAGCUGCGCCCCACCACCUGGUGCUACAGGCUCUGGUCCCCAGAGAAGGGAGUGUGACUCCUCUGGCCCCCACCGCGGGUCCCAGCCCAUGGCUGCGGGGGUUGAGCAGCCUCAUUCUCUCUGGUCGGCUAACUCAUUAUGGCAACAAAGGGCCAGGGAUCCACCACUCCAAAUGGAGCUGACUCAGUGAAAACUGGAAUUUGCAAAGUAACAAACUGUACAAGGGGACAGUAAGACUUUGUUUCAAAAAGUAGAGGGAAAAAUACAAAUUUUGAUUCCACAAUCUUUACAACUGAUCACCUGCUCAGCAUCCUGAAAACAAACACGAGUUGUGUUUUUGCUUCUUCCUUCCAGCAGCCCCACUGCGGAUUUUCAAGCCGGGGUGACUGGGAGAACCACCAGAUAACUCACGAGAAACCAAGCGGGACAGUUUUGCUUUAUAAAUUGUGUUGUCAUCAAUAAUCAGUACAGAUAGAUUAUCUUGCCCCUGCAGCUCCAGAAGAAAUCUGGGGUUCAAGCAGGCAAUCAUAUUGGUUUGGGCAGUUAUACCGUAAUUUCUUUUAUCUGGACAGAAUAUUUAGCUCAAUCUCAUGAAAUAGAAUAUUGAAAUGACUGUUAUGAUACAUUGCAGGUAUUUAAUUUGUCACUUAUCAUUGAACUUAUCCAUGCUGGUAAUUUUGAGGAAUAAAUUAUGAUAAAUUAAUGAAAGAUGUACUCAUUUAUAACCUAAUUUCUUCAGAAUUAGAUUACUUAUUUUUUUCUAUUUUAAAACCUUUGAAUUAAAACAUACCCAAGAGACUUUGAUGCUUCUCAGUCACUGCUCUCCUCCACCCCUCUGAAGUUUUUUUCUAAUGAAAAUAGUAAAUUUGCCCUUCAUAUGUUUGCACAGUAUUUUUACUUAUUUUCAAAUGUGAGAUUGUAAAGAAAUUGUCAGAUUUAAUCUCAUUACAUACAGCAAUCAAUUUCUUCUAAUUAUUUAAAUAAAAUCACCAUAAAACAAACAUUUUAUUGUACAUCUGGUUAAGUAAUAAGUCACAGUCUGUGGACAUGUUAGAUUUGAGUCAAAGUGAUUCGCCAAGCUUGCUAUUGUUACUCCUUUAAAAAAAAAUAAAAUUUCUUCAA